AUGAUAAUAAACGGGCAGCACUGCUCUCUGGUCAACGACGUCAGCCAGUCUCAGUCCCUUCUGUCGACCAGUUCGAGCUGGAGCUGGUCCUUACAAACACGCCCCCAGCAGCGCCGUCCUUCCAGCAUCCGUUGCGAUAAAGAUGAUCCUACCAGCAAGAAACCUCGGGUGCAAGCACAGAGGAAGUUUGCCCAGUCACCUCCAAGCUCUCCAGGGCCUUCGCUGUUGACCACGUCAGCACAAACCAACCACAACCUGGCUGUAGUCACCUGCCUGACCAGACGUCGACCCAAAACAGAGGACUUCUUGUCUUUUCUCUGUUUGAGAGGUUCUGCAGCGUUGCCUAGCAACAUGGCCUUCUUAGCGAGUAAACGAGAGAAGAUGCCAGCUGACAGUCAGCUUCUUACCUCCUGUCUUUCUACCAAUCACAAGGCUGCAGCUGAGGGGAAGAACAUUCGCAUGCUCAGUAGAACAACAGUGCAGCAAAACUCCAGGUGUCUGAGCGGGAGGCCUGCUGGCUCUGCAGUGGUCAACUCCUUGUGCCCUCUAACAGCCCGAGCACAGAGGAGGAAAGACAGAGAGGAACGAGAGAAGCAGCAGCAGAGGGGGAGGAGGGAGGGGAUGAAGGAAGAACGGAGUAAAGCGGCUGAGAGACACCUUCUGAGACCUCGCCAGCUCUCCCUACAGGUCAGGAGGGCUAACAAGGUUGCCAUGCUGACUAGAAUCUCUGAACAAAGAACCUCCUGUGUCAGGUCAGUCACUCCCUUAAAGCCUAGACCAGAGGGUGGCAGCAAACAAUCCUCUAGGCCCUGCACAACGCCUAGCAAUACUCGUAAACCCAGAUGCCAUCCCCAAAGCAGACCCCAGGAAACAAACUGCAACAAACAUGUCUCCCUCCAUCGCAACCACCAGAUGCCUCACAGUCAGCACCUUUCUCUUCAUCACCAAACAGUCUGUAACUACUAUAGCAACCCCAAGACCUUCAAUAAUCUCCAGAACUCAGGAAGAAAUUCACAACGGGCUUCAGCUCAAAUACCAAUGACUAAUGACUUAGUUAUCAGACAGGUAAGUGAAAACCAUGAGGUCCUGAGGUUGUCUAGAAGGAGGAGAGGCCUCCCACCAGACACCAGCACUACCCUUCCGAAUCGGGCUCCUUUGGACAUCAAGCCAUCAAAGAAGGGCAGGACAUUGCAGUACAAAGAUGAUGAUGGCUCCCCGAAGAAUGACUGCCAUUUUGGUCAGAUCCCACAAAAAGAGGCCAACGGUGAUGAAGAUGUUAAAGAGGACUAUGUGGGUAAACUCAGUGGUAGCCCUGAUAUAGAACGUAUACAAGACAGAUGUUACCAUGUUGAAGAGGUCAAACUAGAGAGUUUUAAUGAAGACUUAAAGGAAAAAGUAACUGUGGCAAAUGCUACUUCUCUGGAGCCCUCUCAAGAAAGGGUAAACUUUACCAAUGUCAUCACAGACUAUGACCUCACUCCUGUAAGUGAAGUCAUUUGCAAACAUGUUACAGAAAAAACUCUCCAAAAAAAACAGCUGACUACAAUCCCAAAGCCAAUUAUAGAAACUCAUGAUUCUAGGACUGUUGCCAGAGCUGCUACUGCUAGGACCAGUGCAGCUAAAGCUGCUAUCAACUCAGUGACAUCGACACAUAUAUACAGUGACCCUGCAAAGUGCACUUCUAAGGGUUCUAACAAAGGUACGAGCAAGGACAUUACCAAGUGUACUUCACCAGCCAGCAGUAACUGUGUUCAUAAUUUAAAAGGUGCUGCAAAAAACUCUUCCAGAGGUAAAACAAAGGACUUGACCAAGGACAAUGCAUCUGCCAGUAGCUAUUGCAACAUUUCCAAAGGUUCUACAAAGGGGCUUACCCAGACCAAGUGUACUACCUCAGCUAUAAGGACCAGGUCCAGUCCUAGAAUCCUCCCAAAGCGUUAACCGCCCAAGUUAUGUCUGAAACUCUUACAGAUCGAUUAUUCACUACACUGGGAUUUUAUGUUUAAGACAAUUAGAGAAAUGUUUUAAACAACACUGAAUACUGUGCCAAUGCAUGAUGAUGCUUGUUGGCCAGUUAGAUAGCUGACUGGAUUGUGAUGUGUUCUCUGCUUUUGUCGAUGACUGUGGGAUAAUUUUAUUUCUGUAUAAGUAAAAUAAAGGGAAAUAAUUGGAUGACAUGUAAGGGCAGACACUCUGUAUAGUGGACUGUAUUCUUGAGUGGGUUCUUAUGCUUCCAGGCUGUAUCAGAAAUAUUACACUGAUUGUUUUUUGUUUGUUUUUCUACAUUAUUAUAUGGAAAAGGCAUUGGUUUCAAUAAAGCACAUAGUUUAACCUA